CCGACGUCAUGACGCACGACUGAGCAAACUUUCACUUUCUUAACUUCACUUGAAGGAACAGAAAGUCCCUCAGAACCUUAAGGAGGAAAGUCGACCCAAAAGUUACGUGUUUAUGUUUAUUCAGAAUAAGCUGUUACAGGACAGCCCAAGAAUAACUGAGGAUGGAGGCUGAAAUGAAUGAGGUUGGUGUCGGUGUGGAGGAGAAGCUGGAGGCGGAAGUUGAUCCCAACCCUGACGGUGGAGUUGGUGCUGAGGCAGCGGGUGAUCAGAUGGACGCCAAACCGGACCGCAGUGGGAGGUUUCUGCUGUUUGGACGCAAGAAAAAUAAGGAUGGCCAGACGCGGGAGCAGGACUAUUCUUCUGAAAGCCAUUACAGAAUUGUUUUACCAGCAUUCCAGUAUAAGAUGAGCCACCAGCAAGUGGGGAAGUGCAUCAUCAUCAACAACAAAAACUUUGAUGCAAACACGGGGAUGAAUGUACGCAAUGGCACAGACCGCGAUGCAGGCGAGCUGUUCAAAUGCUUCAGGAACCUGGGCUUCGAAGUCGUUGUUUAUAACGACCAGACGUGUGAGAAGAUGGAGAAUCUUCUCAAACAGGCCUCGGAGGAAGACCACAGCCAAAGCUCGUGUUUCGCUUGCAUCCUGCUGAGCCAUGGCGAGGAGGGAAUGAUCUAUGGGACAGACGGAGCCAUGCCCAUCAAGGCCAUGACCUCGCUGUUCAGGGGGGACAAGUGCAAAAGCUUAGUGGGGAAGCCCAAACUUUUCUUCAUCCAGGCUUGUCGAGGUUCUGAAUUUGAUGAUGGUAUCCAGACAGAUUCAGGUCCACCUAACGACGCCUUGGAGACAGAUGCCAAUCCAAGACAUAAAAUCCCAGUUGAGGCAGAUUUCUUGUUUGCGUACUCCACUGUCCCAGGAUAUUACUCAUGGAGGAACCCUGGCCGGGGCUCCUGGUUUGUUCAGGCCCUCUGUAGCGUCCUCAACGAGUUUGGCAAGCAGCUGGAGAUAAUGCAGAUCCUAACACGGGUCAACUACAUGGUGGCCACCAGCUUUGAGUCCUGGUCUGAAGACCCACGUUUCACUGAGAAGAAACAGAUUCCCUGUGUGGUCUCUAUGCUGACUAAAGAACUGUACUUCAACUGAUAUCCUGCCUGCACUGUAUGACACGGACUGACCAGACUGACUAGACUGGCUGUUUAGGGCGAUGAGCAAGCAGUCAAAGCAUUCAGGGAUGAUUCAGGCCCAGCGGGACUCAGCACACAUCAGCGUGCCGCAUUUGGGCCUGAAAACAAGCACUCCAUGACGUAAUAUCUAACAGUGACACUCUGAGUUCAUGUGUUGAUGGUUAAACUCCUCUUCAGGUUGCCCCUUUGAAAUAACAUUGUCACCUUUAAGCUGAUCGUUGUUGACAGGCAUUGUGGAAUAUAUAUGUAUGAUCUACUCACCGACAAACUCCGCUGCCAGUUUCUUGUGGGUUUGUGGAAUCAUAUCUGAAUAUGUGUUUCUCCAUUUUCCAGAACUUUCAAAAUAUGUUAG